AUGCAGUUCUCUCUGACCGCUAUUACCCUCGCUCUCGCCUCCGUGGCUGUUGCUAUGCCCACUCUGGAGAGCCAGAACUCCGCCGAUGUUCGCUUCAAGGUCCCCAAGGGCAUGACCGUGAAGGAGGCCCAGUCCAAGUGUGGUGACCAGGCUCAGCUCUCUUGCUGUAACAAGGCUGUCUACGCUGGUGACACCACUGAUGUCAACUCUGGCAUUGGUGCUGGCCUCCUCUCCAACCUCAUCGGUACCGGCUCCGGUGCUGAUGGUGCUGGUAUCUUCGACCAGUGCUCCAAGCUGGACGUCCAGAUCCCCAUUUUGAUCGCUGUCCCCAUCCAGGACCUGCUCGACCAGCGUUGCAAGCAGAACGUGGCCUGCUGUGCCAGCUCUCCCUCCACCGCCUCCAGCGAUCUGGUCGGCGCCGGCCUUCCCUGUGUUGCCCUCGGCUCCAUCCUAUAA